GAAAGUUAUCGGAUUAGAGAAAUAUGACGAGGUGGUGAUGAAAUUACAGAGGCGCCAUCUAUCCAGCAAAUAGUCAACUAAAUUAUUUUUGGUAGUCAAUGGCAACCAUUUAAAUAAAAUAAAUCAUUAAUUUAAAAUGUUUUUAAAAAUGCAUGCAAAUAGACAUACAAACAACGCAAAUGUUCGCAAAUGUUCGUUGAAGUCCAAGGAUGGUUUUUACGGCUAGAAAAAUUAGAAUUAUUGCUGGAAAAACCCUAAAAAUAGCCCUUUUCUUUUUAAAAUAGCCCUUCCUAUAAUAUUUAUAAUAUAAUACUGAUCGUAUCCAUGGCAACCAACAAUCGUGUUUUGUGCAGAGUGUUUAGUUAGUUAGUGUUUGUUUAGUUCGUGAUUAGUGAAAAAAUAAUUUAUAUUUGAUAUGCCUCCUAUAAGACGAAGCAAUUUAGGUAGAAGAACCAGAAAUGCUACAAACCAAGCUAAUUACCGAUCUAAUUCACAAACGCGUGAAGCGCGAGCAAGUUUGAAUCGAGCUGCUUUUAGUUACGAUGUGUCAAUUGACUACAGUAACUACCAAUGUGUUGUUAUUGGUUCUAUGAACUCGGUUUGCUCACACUGUAAGGCAUUAAAAUACAAAAACGAAGCCAAUGGAUUGUGUUGCGCAAAUGGUAAAGUGAAAUUGAUACCAUUGGAUCCACCACCAGAACCAUUGUACUCAUUGGUUUCAGGAAUAGGAACAGAUUCUAUACACUUUUUGACAAAUAUCCAACAAUAUAACAAUUGCUUUCAAAUGACUUCAUUUGGGGCAACAAAUGUAGUUCGGGAAAAUUUUAUGCCAACUUUCAAGAUACAAGGGCAAAUAUAUCAUAGAGCAGGUUCACUGUUACCAGUGUCAGAUAGCGACAACAAAUUCCUGCAAAUUUAUUUUAUGGGCAAUUCACCACAAGAAAUUGAUCUGCGUUGUGCACAUAACAAUUAG